UUCAGCUUUGUGCCACUAACAUUUGGCUUGGAAAAAGCAGCAGAGUGGGACCUCUGCCCCUCGCAGCAGCAGUCACACACUCACCACGCCUCCUUCAGUCAUGCUGCGCGGUCAGCUGCUGUUACUAAAUUGUAGAUUUACAGUUUGUAUGAAUUGGACUUUCUCGUUUUAAGUAGGCGAAUGUGAGGAUGCGAGAUAAUGUCUGCUGAAGCGUUAGCUAGCUAGAGGUUUCUGUAGAUCGUUUGUUUUGAACACCAUCAGCGGGCGACCUCUGCUCGUGUUACUCAACUGCUUGUGUAACACAUGCAUGUUGGCUGGUAACGUGUUUGCCACACCAAAGUCAAGUAACAAGGUAUAGUGCUUUCUUAGCUAUAUAUCACUAUAGCUAGUUAGUUAGUUGCCUAUUUAGUUAUUAGCAAGUUCACCGUUGAUGUUUUCCAAAGUGAGAAUAUGUUUGGUGUCGGGUUUGACCAGAUUGCCCAGUUGUGUAAAUUCAAGGAUGGCAAUAAAAGUGACACCUGCCCUCUGCAGACACCAGCAUCGGACCUUCAGCUCUGAGUCUGCAGAUGUCAAGGUCCUGUAUGAUGGGCUUUGUCCCAUAUGUGUGACGGAGAUCCGGUUCCUCCAGUUUCUGCAGAGAAACAAUCCUGGGAAAGUAGAUUUUAUCGAUAUUUCCAAGCCAGGAUAUGAUGGAGCGAAAUACAAGGACAUCAGUUACGAGAUGGCCAUGGAGGAAAUGCAUGUGAUUGAUGAGAAAGAUGAGGUUCACCGUGGGGUCCCAGCAUUUGCAGUCAUGUACAGUGCAGUGGGCCUUGGCUGGUUGGGUCGCUUCAUGAUAUGGCCACCUGUGAGACCAUUUAUGGACGAGUCUUAUGCCAUCUUUGCCAGGAACCGCUUAAAGUGGACCGGACGUGGGGAGGAGUGCACCACAGGACGCUGUGAAAAGAAAACACACUGACUCUUGACCACAGAAAAAAUAUAGAAUGUUUAACAAGUUAUUUGAUUGUGAAGAUGACCUGGAUAAAUACCACAUGGUUUGUCCUGUUUAACCAUUGGUUUAUUAUGAACCUCUCUGGAAAAGUUUCAAGACUGUUCUUAGCUGAAGGGAAAUAUUGUCUGCUUGAUUAAACGUGUAUGUUGUGAAGUCAUCAUUUGAUGCACAAUUUUACUUACUUACUUACUAAGACUGUAUGAUUAAACAUACUCCAGUUAGUUCAGUUAAAGUGAUGAAAACAUCUACUAAAAGUUAUCAAAAAAUGAUGACAGUAAUAGAGAUGUUGAUAUUGCAAGAUAAAAUCAAAAACAAGGUCCUCCAAUCUACUGGAAAUGCCCUGAAUAUUAAAAAUUGAUGCAUAAUGUUAAGCGUCACAUUAGCAUCCAACUAGGGUACAUAGGUUAUUUUAAGAAACUGCUCACUCUGGCUAACAACAGUUUCUCAGGAAUUUUGUGUUCAAUAAUUCAUGCUUGUAUUCUCAUCAUGUAGAACUCUGAGCUUUGUAACUCAGUCUGAUUCUGUUUCUUCUAACAACACACACUGGUAAGAUGACAGAUGAGUAGACAAAAGAAACUUGGAUACCAAAAAUAACAUUAAGUCUAACCAUAAGAGCCUUACUGCAAAACGACAAAGAGAGUGAUGGUGUACUGUAUAUAAGACUGUCAUACUAUGAUCAAUAUAUAAUACAGAGAAUAUCGCUGAAGCAAAAUGCAGUCAAGUUCCUGUCGAAAACACGUCUCAGAUUGAGGUUCAUUCAAAAGCAGAUAGAGACCCAAACUGUCGCUGCCACUAGAUGUCAUUGUAAGUCUCUAAAAUAAUAUCAGCUGUGAGAGUGAAAUGGUUCCUUAGGAAUUGUGUUGUAUGGCAGUCAUGAUUAUUGACCAGAUCAUGAUUGACCUCAUUCAUUCUUUACAGUUUCUUCUUUAGAAGGCUAACCGAUAAAUAAUAAUAACUUUAUUUUAUUAGAUAUAAACAGAAAUGAUGAGUUCAGUAGAUUCUUUCUGAUAGAACUGGGUGAAAUCAAUAUUUAGUGUGUCUGACAAUAAAACUCAGUGAUAUUUUUCAUUUGAAUUACUCUUUGUAAUUUCUGUGUGCGGGGCGGACAGAAACAGACACACAAAAAGUUUUUAAUCUUACAGGAGUAUCAAUAAAAUACUUAUUGGGAAUCUAUAUACAAGUACAAGGGAAGACAGCAAAGGUUAGGGAAUAAAGUGGUAACAACUGUGUUUAAGAGUGAUGUUAAAAUAAAUUACACUUAAGUAUUUUUUAUUUCAAGGUACCUAUUUAAUAAUUACAGGGUAUGGUUAUGUUUUUACUGGGGUAACAGUGUUGGUAUAUAAGUGAAAUUAUUUCUAUUAUAAUUUAUUUAUAUAGUUAUUUUAAAUAAUUACAUAGCUAUAACUAAAAUGAGAUAGUUUUAUAGGUUAUGUAAAAUGAAAUAAACUGUUUUAUUGUUCACCUGCUUUUCAUUGUAAUGGCAGUAUAGUUACAGAGUAUGUGGAUUGUAAAAUGAAGUAGUCCCUUGCCAUAUUUACAAUAUUAUUACACAGUAGUUACAGGGCAUAUUAAAGUUUAUUAUCAAGGUUCUUGUUUUUUUUUUUAAACUAAGUUUAAGUGCUUUUUCAUGACAUAGCUGGACAUACUGUAUAUGCUAGGUCUGCUGGUACCCUGUUUGUACCUUGUAAUUACUCAGUAUAUACUGGGUAAUUUAAAAAGUACUUACGGUGUAAUUUAGUUCUAGGUCCCCCCCAAAGGCAAAUUUGUUCUUGUUCUUCUUCUCGUACUUCUUCACUUGUAUGUAUAUGUACAGUAUUUCCGUGGUACCCCAUAUGUACAAAAUAUUUACACUGUAAAUUGUGGGCUGUAAUCUAAAGCAUAACCACAUUUUAUUAUAUCUGCUAACUAUUACAGACUUGUAAGUGUGUUGUAUCACAUGUUGUGGCCUGAGCACAGUUUCUAAGAAUUACAGAGCUGGUGACCAGUUUCACAGCCCGGUCUGUUUUUGUAGGGAGGUGUGUGUUGUGUUGUGCAGCGACGUAAGAAGCAGCUAACAUCAGCUAACUGAGACCCUUAAGAUAUCUCCCCCUCCCUAAUUUUAGAUGUCCAGUCACGCAGUCAACACAUGGGACAACACAUGACUUUUAGCCUGUGUGGUCUUACAAAGCAGUGGUCAUGCUUGCCCACCCCCCAGCCCAGCGCAACCAAUGAGAUUAAAGUACUGUGAGAGAAGGGUUGAAUUAAGUAUCAAAACACAGUAGAAAUAGUGCUUCUGACAGUUUGUCAAAAGUGGUGUAGUGAAUUUCAAAGAACAGAAAAUUGGUUGAAGAGGAAUUGUGAAGACAGAAAAACUAGGUGUUUCAGACAUGCAGCUGAGAUAUCGAUAUACCAGAUGUACCUGAUGCAUGGACACUUUUGUUCCUAUCUGAAGUUUGUCCUUAGUGUUUUGCAAGAUUCCUGUUGAAAAUGCUGCUACGGCCUAAAUCAAUACAAGCUCAAGAGUGAUUUUUGGACUUGACUGCUGCUCACAACAUCACGUCAAAUAUGGGUCGCUACCUCAGCACCAACUCGUGUUCAAGUUCUGUGAACAAGACUUUGAGGUCAUACUGCAAAAUUAGGUACCUAAUGAGCCUUCUCAGAAAGUACCCUCGUCUAGCUAAAGCACCACUCCGCCUGGACCUCCACCGAUAUUCACUGCUGUCACCUCCUCAUCCUUCUCGAUUUACCAGAAAAGCUACUUUUAAUAUUUUAAGCCACAGUGAUACAGGCUCUAGCUCUUACCACUGCUUCAGAGAUUUUACCAAAGAAGUGAAACACCUCCAGGUUGUCCGUUUUUACUCAUCCUCCAAUAGGAAUACAUUCAAAGCUGAAGCUCCGAUUGGGAUCUUUGAGGAGGCUCAGAACAGUUUUAAUUUGAGUUCACUGGGAGGACGCCUUGGUCAUUCAUUUAAUCGACUGUCCAGACACAUUAACAUUUAUUUCAAGAGAAAGGACAUUGUACCUCUAACUGAAAAUGCCGGACUUGUUGUCACAACUCCAGAAUAUCUUGGAAGGUCACAGAGGCGUAGUCAAAGUCAACGGGCUAGAGAGCGAAAUAUAUCAGAGGGCAAAGAUACAACGCAGACCUUGAAAUGCAAAGACAAACAGCAGAGUUCAGGAACAAGUCCUUUAACACAAGGAAAUUCUGGACUGCAACUAUUUCACAUCAGUUCUUUGGCAACAACAUUUGGUGAGAGUUACAAUUACGUUGCCAAUCACAUUAAUUCAGUCUUCUCUAGCGGUUUCAUGAAAGUUCAAAUGCAGGAGAAUUUGGAAACCAUGUCUUCCACCAAAGGGACAAACAGGAGGCAGAAGAGGAGAAAAAUGCAAAACACUUGCAUUAUAAACUCGCAAGAAGCUGAAAUAGCUCGAGUAAAAUCGGGUGCUGAUACGGUAACAGUGGAACCUGACAAUAUCUCUAGCAGCUGGGAUGAGGGCUACCUUCACUUUGCAAGACACAUCAAUAAAUACUUUGGUGCCAAAGAUACAAAUGAAGUUGACCAAGAUCAGAAUAGGAGAGAACAACUUCCUGUGGAAAAGAAUAGCACUUACAAAAAACACUUUUCAACACAGUCUACCUCACUAACUCAAGGUGCCAAGUCACAGCUGAAGCAAGAAGAACUUAUUACCUCUCAAACAGGAGGCCUUUUCCACAGCAGCCAUAAUACCACUAACUUUGGGGAGAACUAUUUCCAAAUGUCUGCUCACAUCAAUCAGUAUUUCAAGGGUCAAAGUGGAUUUAAUGAAGACAUUGAUAGAAAUACCCUAAUGGAGAUGGACCCUGGAUCUUCUACCUCUAAGAGACUGAAGACUGUAUCCCUUAUGGACUGCCUUCGCCACCCCACAAGUGCCAUCCCUGACUUGCUGGGUGCUUAUCUAAAACUGGGCCCCUUGACCCAGACUGGUAAGACCAAACCUGCCAUGACUUCACCAGAGGCAAUAUUGAAUAAAAAGCUUGUCUUGAGUCCGAGGAAGGCAGAGGAAAUGACACGAGGGUUGAUCAGCAGUCUGGCACAGGCUUCAUCUCCUGAAGCUCUGACUGCAUGCGUGGAGGCACUCAAUGAACAUCUUAUCCGUUACCCAUCAUGCAAGGCUUUAAUGUGGCAGGAGAAAACUGCAGUCAUAUUGUUGAGACAGCGACGAACCUACAGAGAUAACCAGGUGCUUCAGAGCACCUUAAGAGAAACCUUGGCUCUAAUUGGCUACAUGGAUCCAGUGAAAGGUCGUGGCAUCAGAGUGCUUUCAAUUGAUGGUGGUGGCACAAGAGGUGUUGUGCCUUUGCAGGUGUUAAAGCUACUGGAAGCUGAGACAGGCAAGAAGAUCUACCAGCUGUUUGACUACAUCUGCGGAGUGAGCACAGGUGCCGUUCUAGCCUUCAUGCUGGGUCUGGUCCAUUUUUCUCUAGAGGAGUGUGCUGACAUGUAUCGUCGUUUUGGCUCUGAAGUGUUUCGGCAGAACCCGCUGGUUGGCACCAUGAAGAUGGGCUGGAGUCACUCUUACUAUAACACUGAGACCUGGGAGACAAUACUACGAGAAAAGCUGGGAAAUAGAGUACUUGUUAAAACGGCCAGAGAUGGGUUGAGUCCCAAGGUUUCAGCAGUCAGCGCAGUGGUAAACUGGGGUACCAGUCCAAAGGCCUUCGUCUUCCGCAACUACAACCACAAACCAGGCUCUCUCAGCCGCUACGCAGGAGGCUCAGGCUGCCAGAUGUGGCAGGCAGUGCGAGCAUCAUCAGCUGCCCCAGGAUACUUCCAGGAGUUUACCUUACAAAGUGACAUCCACCAGGAUGGGGGAAUUAUCAUGAACAAUCCCUGUGCCUUGGCUGUCCAUGAGAGCCGUCUAUUGUGGCCCAACCAGCCCUUCCAGUGUGUGCUGUCCCUUGGCACCGGUCGCUAUGAUAACGCUAAGAGGGGACCUGCCACCUCCACCAGCCUCAGGGCCAAAAUCAGCAACCUGAUCAGCAGUGCAACUGACACUGAAGGGGUCCACACCCUUUUGGAUGAUCUGCUGGCUCCAGACGUGUACUUCCGUUUCAACCCCAUGUUGAGUGCUGUGGUGUCCCUGGACGAGAGCCGGCCUUGGGCCCUGGACCAGCUGCAGAGAGACACCCAGAACUAUCUGGAGAGAAACCGGCCCAAACUGGCCAGGCUCUGUUUGGUGCUUGGGGCAGAGCGCUCAGCUGUUAGCAGAACUAAGGACUGGAUGAGUGAGAGGGCCUGGGAGAUGAAGCAGAGAUGGGUGUGAGUAGGUACAAUAUAAGGCAUAUCUACACAUAGAUGUAUACCCAGUGCAGAUGCACAGAUAUACAGGCUGUGGACAAAAUAACAGAAACACCUUAAAGUGCAACAACCUUGAUGUAAAAAACGCUUUGGUAAAAUGUGUAAUUUGUUUGUUGUUGAGACCUUAAAGGUAUCACUUCAACUUAGUGGUCAUUUUUAGCCAUGCUAGCGGCGUGGAGCUAUGGAUGGCAAUGUCAGCUUGUCAGUUGGUCCACCACUUUGGUCCAGAAUGAUUUAUCCAUGAAAUUUUGUACAAACAUUCAUGGUCCCCAGAGGAUGAAGCUCAUUGAAUGUGAUGAUCCACUGACUUUUCCUGUAGCACCACCAUGAGGUUGACAUUUGUGAUUUUGAGUGAAAUGUCACAUCAACUAUGGAUGGAGUACCCUGAAACUUGGUGUAGACAUUCAUACCCCUCUCAGGAUGAAUUGUAAUAACUUUGGUGAUCCCUUAACUUUUAAUCCAAUGCCACCAUCACGUCACAAUUUUAAUUUGUCCAAUACUUUGGUUUAUGACCAAAUACCUCACAUUCCCAUCAGCCUUUGUUUUAUUUCGUGUUUUAUGCUAAUUAGCAAAUGUUAUUAUUUACACUAAACUAAGAUGGUGAACAUGGUAAACAUUAUACCUGCUAAACAUAAGCAUGUUGGCAUUGUUAGUGUGAGCAGGUUAGCAUACUCUUCUUUGCAAUUAGCUCAAAGCAUUGCUGUGUCUAAGUACAGUCUUACAGAGCCACUAGUGCGACUAUAGACUUUUACGGCAUGUCUACACAGGAGGCAUUUAAUACACGCACGUAUUUUUACACCUCAAGUCCAUUUUCUUCUGUUUUACACCCGUAACUACAAUAAUUGUGUGUUGGGCUCUCAGUGCUGCUUUCGUUCAGGCUGUAAUUGCAAUAGCAAAGAGAACCACAGUUUUCUGUCUUUGGCAUCGUGAAACUUGCCCCCUUGCCAAAAUAUGUGAUUUGUAGUGUUUGCUGCUAAACUCACAAUUACAAAGCCAGCUACGUAGGUGAGUUGUAUUAAGUUAUGUACUGAUCAGCAGAAUUCAUCAGCUUUAGAGGAGGUUGAACAAUCACCAUUUUUAGAAGUGAUUUUUCAAGUCAAUAUAAGACUACAUCCAGGGAAAAAAGAAUUCAAAUAGUUUCUGCUGAGCUUCAUCAAAUUCGUCAAGGCUACUGCAUCACAAGGUGUUUCUGCUGUUUUGUCCACUUCCUGUUAUACAUGUACUGUAUGCCAGAUCAAUCUGAUGUUGUCAACAUGCCUCACUUACAUAUAGCAUUUGAUUUUGACAUUCAUGAAAUAAGCACUUUAUUAAAAAAAGCUUUGUGUAAUGUGCACGUGACAUAAUUCACAAUCCAAUUAUUAUCCAAUUAUUACUGUCUUUCAAAAUGUUGCACUUCUCAGCGUUGUUGACUGUAAUAUAAGCUCUAAAUCAUACUUUCAGGUGGCAUUACAGCUAAUGUAGUAUAUUAUUGUGCUAUGGGCAUUUGAGGAUUUGUUUUCAAUAAAUUCAUAUUUAUGAAGA